GGGAUGCAACCAUUGGGAAAUUUAAAAAGUCCUAAGAGUCCAAACGCACUUCUCCACGCUAAUAAAUCUAUUAAUCGGGCAUUAAACUAUCCAACCGGUUAAAAAAAGAAAUCCAUUUUCAAAAAUGCACUAAUCCUUUUUUUUUUUUGUGGUACUUUUCGGCUAUCUUCACCGCGGAAGCGGCGCCUCCCAUUUUCCAUCUCUCUCUCUGUCUCUCUCUCUCAAAAUGUCACUCCCUCUCUCUGCAACUGAUCGCCGGAAUUAGGAAGAUGCUGUCGCCGAAUCCAUUGACCCUCCUCUGCGCCCUCCUCCUCUGCUUGCCUCUUGCUGUCAUCUUCAUCGCCACCGGCCCCACCGCCCCAAUUAGUCAAAACUCCAUACCAUCUGCCAUCCCCACCGUCAAACCCAACUUCAAACCACAACAAUUGAACGCUGCCAAACCCCCCACCACUCAGCCCCCGUCGCCUCAUCCGCCGCCGUGGACUCCGCCGGAGAGCGACGUCCCACUCCUCCGACGCGCCGCUCGAGUCAUCCCAGAUCCCCUCACUCGCCCUGGCAAGCCCCGGAAAUUAGCGUUCAUGUUCCUCACGACGACCCCACUCCCCAUGGCCCCACUCUGGGAGCUCUUUUUCAACUCCGCCGCCGCCUCCAACCUCUACAACGUCUACGUGCACGCCGAUCCCUCUCUCUCCUAUCACACCCCGUUCUCCGGCGUCUUCUCCGGCCGCGUCGUCCCGUCCCACGUCACGCACCGCCACACCCCCAGCCUGGUCGCUGCCGCGCGUCGGCUCAUCGCCCACGCUCUCCUCCACGACCGUGCCAACGCUAUGUUCGCCCUCCUCUCCGACUCCUGCAUCCCCCUGCACUCCUUCAACUUCACCUACUCGACCCUCGUCGGCUCCGGCAUGAGCUUCGUGGAGAUGCUGGAGAACCAGCUGGAGACGUACGGGCGGUGGGCGGCGCGUGGAUUGGACGUGAUGCUGCCGGAAGUGACGAUCGAGGACUUCCGAAUCGGAUCGCAGUUCUUCGCGCUAACGCGGCGGCACGCGGUGGCGGUGGUGAAGGACCAGCAGCUCUGGUCCAAGUUCCAGCUGCCGUGCGUGUGGAUAUGGACGUGCUACCCUGAGGAGAAUUACUUCCCUACGCUGCUGUCCUUGGUGGACUCGCGAGGGUGCGUGCCUGCUACGCUCACCCACGUUGACUGGAGUGACCAGUCGAACGGCCACCCCCACACCUACGAGGCCGAAGAGGUGGACCCUGCGCUGAUUCUGAAGCUGAGGAGCGAUCGGCCCCGAUACGGCGAUGAAGAGAUCAACGGCUCUGAUUCGUCGCUGACGAAGCGACAUCACCCUUUCCUGUUUGCGCGGAAGUUCGGGCCGGAGACGGUCGAGCCGUUGAUGAGUAUUGCAAACGACGUCAUCUUAAAAGAUUGACAUGGCAUGGCAGUGUUGUAAAUUUUAUAGAUUUGGUGGUUAAAGUUUCACAUAUACGAAGAGGCAAGAAAACAAGAACACGUGCUUUUUGGUAGAUAUCACGUGCCUUGCCUGAAAUUAAAAUACAGUUUAAUCUGAAAAUAACACUUUACUCAAUGUAUUUUUGAAAACUAUCAAAAAGUAAUAAUAAUAAUUCUCUGAGAUUUAAAUUUAA